CAGUCUCACGAAAAACUGGCAGAUAGUUCGAUUUUCCUAGCUUGUCUAUAUUCAAUUAUAUCGUUUAUCGCCGUGUUCGGAAAUCUGCUCGUUAUAACAGCGAUUUUCUGGGAUCGAACACUGCGCUUGUACACAAGUAACUACUUCCUAGCGAAUUUGGCAGUAGCUGACUUUUUUCAAGGCGCUGUGGCGAUUCCUUUACGGGUGCUUGAAGUUCUUGGUGCGGAAUACAACCCCAACGUAUUUUGUAGGGUCGCCAUCCCUUCAUCCAUACUUUUUGGAGCCAGCUCUAAUUUAGCCAUCUUAGUUAUAAGCAUCGAUAGAUUUUUAGCCGUCAAAUAUCCAUACAUUUACACACGCUAUGCAACUACAAAUUUCAUCAUCGCCGUUAAUGUAUUUUCAUGGUCAGUUGCAGCGGUGUUGAGUUUAAUAGCGGCUUCCAAGCUGGUUUGGAUCAUACCGGAUACUUUGACAAGAAUUUGUCGUUUCCCAGUUUAUUUGAAAUCAGACUAUAUCAUAGCAAUGUAUGUUAUUGUUCAUGCUAUUCCUAUUGGAACAGUUGUGCUUUUGUACGGAUUUAUUCUGCAAGCCAGUUUAGUACACUCAAGGCAAAUACACGCUCAAGAACUGGCUGUGGUCGCUAGCGUUUCAAUGUGUAGUAACAGCAACGUUAAUGAAACUGACACCACAAUUAGUACCGUGACAAAUGGACGGAAAAAACAGCAACGAGAAACAGCUAGGCAGAGGAAAGCUGCCAAAACAGUUUCUAUAAUCGUUGGCCUGUUUAUCAUUCUUGUUGUACCUAUAAUAGCAAUCGAUCUCGCCGAGAUGCUUGGUGCUCCGCCAGCCCCCUUAAUCUUGACAAAAGUUUGUGUUUUUAUGAUAUUCGCAAACAAUUGUGUGAACGUUGUAGUAUACGCUGGUUUUAAUCAGGACUUUAGGCGAGCUUUCAAAAAGAUUCUUUUAAAGAUUGCAAGAAGCAUCUUUCGAAUGAGGACUUACAGAUAA